AUGGUCCUCCCAAAGCAGGAGGAGAUGCUGUCCAGCCUUCUGGAGGACCUGCCGGGAAAGCAGGCCCUCGCCGCGGUGGUCUCGACCGUUUGGGAUCGUUUGGCCGCCUUCAGAGUGCUGUUCGCCAGCUCGUGGCUCUCUUUCCUGGAUCCUCGCCUGAGGCUCCUUCUCGCCCGCCUGAGCCAGGGCUCCGGGACCCAACAUCCAGCCUGCCGUCGCUGUCGUGGCCGGGAGGUAACCAAUCAUGUCGCUGACGACGUGCCGCGCAGGCUGUUGCGAAGAUUAGACGUGGAGGAGAUAAGAAAGAAUGUCUACGCCUUUCCGGCGAUGACAGCUGACUUCUGUCGCAUCUUCCUGGAGGAGCUCACAUUCUUUUACGCCUCUGGUCUCAAGUCUGCCAGGCCAAACUCCAUGAAUCGUUAUGGCGCUGUUCUGGAAGAGAUGGGCCUGGCUCCGGCAGUGGCUGACUUCCAGAGGCAGGUCCUCCUGCCGCUAGCCAGAGCCUUCUUCCCGAGCAUCGGCGAUGAGUUGGAUGGCCAUCAUGCCUUCGUUGUCCACUAUCGGCCAGAGGCGGGCCGUGGUGAUCAAGAUCUUCCACCGCACCGUGACGAUUCGGAGGUGACCUUCAACAUGGCUUUGGGACGAAGCUGGCAAGGCUGCCGCCUGAUAUUCUGCGGACUCAUGCAGGAGCCAGACGUCCACCAGCAUCAAAUCAGCUACGAUUUCCCAGGCACCGGAGUGCAAGCUGAAAGUCACAACAUGUCACACCCAAGGGACCACCCGAAGGCUUUAAACAAGAUGUCGAGAGCCUUCUGA